GGAAUAAUGGAAGGACCAUCUUGUGAGCAAGUUAUUUCAGGCGCCGAAGAUCCUUUUACCUCAACAGCUCAGCCGUGCCCAUGGACACCACCAACAGCGGCACGCAGCACGUCGCGAAGCUUGAGAAGCUGCUGUUCAGGAGGAUGCUGGUCGGUGUGAACAAUGGCCGCUGCUUCGUGGGGCUGUUCCAGUGCGUCGACAAGCAGGGGAACAUAAUCCUGCAGGGCACGGUGGAGUACCGCAGCGCGCGCCGUUCUUCUCCUUCGGCUCCUCGUUCUUCUCCUUCGGCUCACAAGGAGGAGCGGUGCCUCGGCCUCAUACUGAUCCCGGCGUCCUGCCGCUCGGCUGCCAUGUCAACUGCUUCAUCGAAGAGCAUAUGUCCCUGCUGUCCCUGUGCAAGUGAAUGA